GAUCCAAUCCGGGAUUGGACGCUGGCUGGGGGGUGGGCUCAGCCCGAGUAUAUAUAUAGUAUAGGAAAGGCGUGGCCAAAGCCCAACGUUCUCUUUUCUGGUCUCGGCUGUUAUUGUUGAUAGUGCUUUGGUUUCCCAGCAAUACAGGAAGCUGCGGGAAUCGGUGAUCAGUCCAGGAAAAAACGCUAAAAUCUUAACCCCGAGUCUAUAGAAGGGCAGGAGAGCUCCAUACUGAGGAUAUACAGGAAUAAGGUCAGUGGUCCUUCCAUAGUAAACAAGAGGAUGCAUGCAGGUCCUCCUCCAGCACCAGGAACUCCUAGAGCGCCAUCCUCCUAAUCCUAUCGAUCGAUCUUCUGGAUGAUGACGAUGUAUAACGUCUCCAUAGGCGAUCAGUGCGAAGCGUACACAAGGCCGUGACCGAUCAGUCAUCGUCUAUGAUCACAAUGUACUGGAUAUAAGAUCGCCGGACACUUCCCAUCACCUUCACCACAGGACGCUCCUUUAUUUCUGUAACCAAUCACCUUACAAGACUUUAUUAUUCAUCGAAGAGCCCGGCGAGGAGGAAGGGCGUCCAGUAUGCAGCGUGGAACCUGCUUCAUCAACUACGAGGAUUUCCGGGAAUGCUUCGAUUCCUACAAAGAGGAGACCAGGCUGACGUUCAUGAUCCAGAGCUGUGUGUCCGUCGAGCACUACAACCUCAAGAACGGCACCGAUCUCCGUGAUGACAUUGUAUAUACUCAGGUGAAGUUUCGCUGUUCCAAGGUGCAAGGACACAAUGGUAAAAGAAAGUCUCAAGAAGCCACCUGCCCAGCCUUCUUUUUUCUGCAGUAUGAUUCCACAAUAGAUCGACUGGUAGUUAAAGAAGAAUGCGCCACCCAUGUCCACGAUAAGCAGACAAGUCUGAAAGCGUCUCCCCCUACGCAUCCACCGAAAAUUGUACCUUCUGAAUGCGGGGAGCUGGAACCCCAAUCUAAAAAGAGAUGCGGUGAAACAAUAUCUUUAACUCUAGAUACAGAAUAUAAUGAAAAUCUUCAACUGCAUGUGCCAUGUGAAGAUGAAGAGAGCUUGCCAUUGGAGGGAAACGAUAGUAAUGAAGUUGAUUCUCCCAAUGCCACCAUAGACUGUGUUCAGGAGGUGUUGUCCUUAGAGGCUAUUUCACGUUUAGGCGAAUUGAUGAAGAAAUUUCAGAUCAAAGAUAUUGGUUCCAAGGCCUUGUUAAGCAUUGGAAGUGAACAACAGUUGGAGCAGAUAAGCUUUCAAACGAGUAAAAUGUGUGGCUUGUUUGGAAGGUUCCCUGAGGGCCUUCUGAUCAACAAGAUGGUCAGUAAACGUGGAUACACAUUGUAUGCUUUUCUAGUGGAAAACACAGAACGCAGAGCAAAGAUCAUUAACUUCUCUUUCGUUAGAGAUGAUAAUGCAAGGGAGGUCUCCAAAAUGUUGGAAACCUUUAAAAUUUUUAACCCAGAAUGGCAAAAGGUAAAGAUUAUCUAUACGGAUAUUUAUUUCGGACACCGGGAUACCGUGAGUGAGGCAUUUCCUUCAACCAGGAUUCUACUGUCUGUGUUCCAUACUGUGCGUUUCAUUGAAAGACAGAUUAAAGGAUCGUCGUGCUUCAAGGAAUGGCUCCGUAAAUGGAUCGAUGAUGCAAUCCAUCACACAACCCCAGAAAAACUGAAAUUCUUAGCGGAGCAAAUACAAUAUAAAUUGGACAAAGAGGUUUAUGAAAACCUUCACACAAAUUGGUUCUCUUGUGAAUUGCUGUGGUACAUGCAUAUGAAGAAAGGCUUGCUUUCUAGUAUCAUGUAUAUGGACAGCUUGGGCUUGGUGAACGAUACCAUCACCAGCCUACUUAAAAAAGAUUUAUCCAUGGAAGAAAAAAUUCAGCAGUUUGUUGAAUCUGCAGACCAUUUCAACAGUAAGGGGUUAGAAAACAAAAGGGAUGGCUGUUUGGAUUUUUCCACGAAUAUGGUGAAAAUUCCAAAAAAGAGAAGAGGAAGGGCAAAAUCUUUUGAUCCUUCACAGCCAGCCCGGUCUGCUUUGAAAAAGAAUGCUGGUUUGUCAAAGGCUAUGGACUAUGUAGACCACAAACCUAGGCCGCUGCCUUCCAAACUACAGAAAGCUUCAGACAAAAUGCUACUUUCCUUGAAGAAGAACUGCAAUGACCUUGGCUAUCAGCUGUGCAGUAAAGAAUGGGAAGUGGCUCAGAAGUCUAGCCAGCUUAUAAGUGUGCAGACCACUUGCAUUCAUGUCCAAUUUCUGGAAGAAUCCCAUCAAGUCUCUCAGGAUGGUGUGUCCUGCACAUGCUAUUUCAAUAUUCUUUAUAAGCUGCCAUGUAGACAUAUCUUAGCCAUGCUACUUGCAAACAAAAAAUUGGUUGAAAGAGACCUGAUCAGUGUCAGGUGGCAGAAGAGGUACAUAAAACCAGUAGCUGAGGACAAGAUAUUGGAAACGGUACUUUGCCAUACUAAAUCUGAAGCAGAAGCGAACAGAAGGGUUGACAUGAUCAGCAGUCUGGUCAUGGAAUUGGCUAAUCUACUCCUGCAGGAUGAUGAGAAGGAAAUGCACGUUAGAGCUACUACCCUACAGACGAUAGUGGAUAUGUGGCACAAGGAGUCGAAUACUAAGAACGAACACCUUGCUGAGAGUGACUCUAACAGCCUGCCUUACAGAUGGGUGAAGAAGGAACCCGAUGAGGAAGCACAUCCUGACUCUUCUGAACUGUACAGAAUGGACACUUGAUCCGACCAUAAAUUCAAUAUUUAUUAGCAGACCAAAUAAAACCUCCAACUGACUCUG